CCCCGGUGGUCGGGAAAUGUCAAAGAGAGGCCCGUGCUGCAGCAGGGGGUGCGUAAAUAAAAUAUAAACAACAGUUUAUUGCUUUAUUUUCAGAUAAUUUAUUUUCCUUUCUUAUUUAACAAGUGUCAUAUACAAUACUAGCAUCAGAAACCGACGCGUAUCUGACCAGCUCUGACAACAAUUUGCAGUCUUGAUCAUUCUCGUCUCGCAUAACAAUCCUUGCCAAACAUGAGGGAGAAAAUAAUGCUCCUGUUGCUGAUGUCCAUCCAACCUACGAGCUCUCUCUCCACCAUGACACCCAGCAGAGGACUUUGGGAUUGACGCUGGGAUCACUCCCACUGAUGGCCUGGACUGGGUUUCAGCUGUCCUGCUGAGCAAUGGGGAGCUGCUGGAGCUGUCUAUACAGAGACCCCAUACAAGACAACCAUCUCACUAAAUUCAAGGUGACCAAUGUGGAUGAUGAGGGGAAUGAGUUGGGUUCUGGGACCAUGGAGCUCACCCAGACCGAGCUCAUCCUACACACACGCAAGAGGGACGCCAUCCGGUGGCCCUACCUAUGUCUGCGGCGCUAUGGCUACGACUCCAACCUCUUCUCAUUCGAGAGUGGCCGGCGCUGUCAGACUGGACAGGGGAUCUUUGCGUUUAAAUGUUCUCGUGCGGAGGAGAUUUUCAACCUCCUCCAGGAGCUGAUGCAGUGCAACAGUAUCAAUGUGGUGGAGGAGCCUAUGAUCAUGACCGGCAGUGGACACGCACGAGAGAUAGACAUGCCUCGAACACCACAGACACCGAACACUCCAUCAUUCCCCAUCCAGGGUUUUCCCAAUGGGUAUCCGGUGUAUCCCAUGAGAGCUGAAUCCUCCCAGCCCUCUGUAACUGACGAUCCCCAUGGCCACAGCCUCAUGGGCCUGGAUGACCAGGUUCACACCUAUAUGAAUACUGUUACUGUGGAUGGGGAACUCUCCAGUCGACACUGUGUACACUCUCUACCUGAGGUGCGGCCCACCUCCUUCAAUGAGUCAACCCGAGGAGCCAUGCCUGUCGGGGGCCAAGGAGGUGGGAAGGCCAGCAUACACUGCUGCCCACUGGAGGAACAACGCAAGGAACCCCAGGUAUUUCUCCAGCCCUCCUCUCAGGAGGUCAAAUUCAUGCUGGGACCCACCCCUGCACAGCGCCACCUGCUAGAGAGGGAGAGGCACGGGGGCCACAAUCCCCAUCUCAUGCUGCCUGUAGAGGGCACCACAGGCUCAGAGGCAGAGGGGGACGAGCCUCCUCUGCACUUGUGCAACUCCCACUCCUACCACCACCCUCACUAUCACCAUGUGAUGCACCGGCACCCUGGCCAUGAGCACCAGGAGGGCUGCCAGGGCAGCCAGCUCACCUAUGAGAACAUCAACGGCCUGAGAGGGGGGCGCCGGAUGAGACACAGCCCCAGCAGUGUGUCCCAGUCUGUGGGCUCCAGCAGCAGCAGUAGCACCACCGGAGACAGUCACGCACAAUCACACCCACACCCCCUCCAACCGCACCCCCACGGCCCAUCCUCUCUGCCACCUCAGGGGUACCCUUGUGAGCGGGGCGUAGGGAUGGGCGGAGGUCACCGGCGGACAGCUCUGCUCAACUAUGAGAACCUGCCGUCGCUGCCACCGGUGUGGGAGUACCGUGCCCUGCAUAGAGACGAGGAGCAGGAUGAGGAUGACGAGGAACAGGAUGAGGAGGAGUACGAGGAAGAGGAAGAGGAUUUUGACGAGUACGAGUUUUCAGAGGGUCCUGGGACACCCAACGGGUACCACCAGGACGGGCUGGGGAGGGGUGGGAUCCACCGUGACGCCCUGCAGAACUAUGUCAAUACAGAGCAGGUCCAGCCCAGCCGGCUGCGACAUGCCUGCCCCCCUCACCUCCAGACCUGCCACCCCCAGUCGGAUCGUGGCGGACGAAUAUUCAGCUUUGAUUUCCGUAGGCGGCCGGGAGGAGGGUUUGGUCGGGGAGAGGGCUGUGAACACGGUCAUAUGACCCCAUCGAGGCAGCUCAACUAUAUCCAGGUGGACCUCAAUGCAGAACUGCCAUGCCAGGCUCUCGGUGGGGGUGGAGGGGAAACCCAAUCUCAGCACCAGCCACUACAGCCACAGCACCAGCGCCUGCCACCCCUCAAAUGUGGCUCCCAGCAGGCCCCACGGCGCAGUGACUUCUACGCUGUGAUCGACCUGAAGAAGACAGCAGCCAUGUCCAACUUGCAGAAAGCCCUCCCCCGGGACGAUGGGACGUCGAGAAAGACUCGCCACAACAGCACAGACCUGCCUCUGUAGACGCAGUGAGGAGGAGGAGACCGAAAAAUGAAGGGAGGGAGAAGAGAGAGAAACAGGCUUGGUUGGACAGACUGGUAUAAGUAACUCAGCAGCACACUGGACCCCUCACUCUCAUCCAGCCAUCCGACUGUCCUUUUCUGUCCUGUUCUGUCCUGACCUGACCAGUUGGAUCAUAUACAGGUACCUAAUUAGAAAACUAAUUGAAACCUAUCCGUACAUAUUCCACUUGAUGGAGCGAGAUUGGUUUGAAGUUGCAAUAUUAUUAUGGGUCACUUUCUGACUGUGGUGAGAUGCUGUCUGAGUUAGCAGCAGAAACCUUGGUCGUGGUCUGCUGGGUUUAUGGUUAAAGCCUUUAGCUGCCAUUGUUUUUUGGUCUUCAUUCCAUUAUCAUUCAGUGUUGUUGUUUUAUUUAUUUUACGUCCCUGUUUACGAACAUGGACUACUAUCAAGUACAGGUUUACUAGUCCACAUUGUUAAAUUGACAGAACAUUUUCUGAUAUGAAAAAUAGUUUAUUAUUCCUUCAAUUGUAUUCUAAUAAUGUGCGUUCUUCACCUCACAAGCACUUAUUUUGGCCCAGUGACUGAUAGAAAGGACAGAUGAUGAUAUAUAUUUAUAACUAUCUGCCUUCAGGAAUUAGUACAGAUCAGUACAGUUUGCACAUAAUCCUUUGGAAUUGUAAAAUCGUAGAUCCUAUCGAGUAUUAUAUUUUGAGUCUAAAAAAGACCUCACAGCAGAUUUCUUUUUUUUAUGUUUCAAUUUUCUCUCUCCUCAAGAUUAAAUAUACAUUUUUCAUGUUGAAAUUGUAUUGAAAAUGGAAAUAAUAGUUGUCCUUCAUAUAAUGAUAGUGUGUUGAUAGACGUUCAGCAUCCUCUACUGCCCCCCCUACACACAGAUUAUUGAAUUGACCUCUGACCACAUAUCAUUCCCACUUGAAUAAGGAAUCCAUAUCUAAUUCCUAAACUAUGCUUACCUUUGCACUUUUUACCUUCGGGAUCAGACACUGGCCACUGAUGUCCCCACAGUUCAGAAUCCCUCUGCUCUGGAGUAACAGUAAGGUUGUGCUUUGACAAACUCCUUAGAGAUGGUGAUGUCAUCACACAUGCCCAAACUAUGUAUGGAUGUUGUUGUUUUUGCAACAUUAUAGAGACCAAUAGCAACUGGAAUUUUUCAGAGCAGAAUUUGAUAAUGGCUUGAUAAUAACCUCACAUAAAAAGUAGGUCUUCUUGUUUACUAUUUUAGUAAGUAUCAGAUUGGUAACUGAGGGUCUGAGGGGAAUAUAUCACUAUAUAAUGAGGAUAUUAUUUUAUUUAUUCAUUCAUCGAGAUGUCUAUAUUGUGAUUGUUUUGCAAAAAAAUGUGACGACUAGUUUUUCAUAAUCCAGUCAGUUGGUGAUUUGGAGACCAAAGUAUCACCAGUCAUCAGCAGACUGUCUGUGACGCCAUUGUAAUACCAUUGUUAUGCCUGUAAUUAAUAACCUUACAUUCUGAAGAAGACUGUAUUAACAUAUUAAAGUGCCAAAUCUUUACUGUUACCUCUAUGAACAUUAUGAAUCAAAUCAAUGUUCCAUUAGGAUUUGUAGAAGAAAACAUGAGGGCUAAGAGGCAAGAAGGAGUGAGCCUACAUGUCAAAAACAAAAGAAAAGUUGGAGUUUAAGUGCCAGUUUAUUAGGUACAUCUAUCUAGUACCGGGCUUGACCCCCCUUUGCCUCCAGAACAGCCUGAAUUCUUCUGGGAAUGGAAACGUUGCUCAAUUGGUAUCAAGGGAUUUUGCAUGACGCAAAAGGAACCGGGAUUUGUGGGAUCAGGCGUAAAAAAAAUAAUAACUCCUCAAUUUUCCAGUGUGCCCAGCGGGGACGCUUCUUCUUGUUUUUUCUUCUUGUUUUUAGCUGAUAGGGGUGGAACCCGGUUUGGUCGUCUGCUGCAAUGGCUCAUAAGUGACCAGGGCCGAUGAGUUGUGCGUUCCGAGAUGCCGUUCUGAACACCACUGUUGUACUGCCCUGUUGUUUGCCUAUUUGUGGCCCCGCCUGUUAGCUUGCACGACUCUUGCCAUUCUCCUUUAACCUCUCAUCAACGAGCUGUUUUCACCCACAGGACUGCCACUGACUAUAGAUGUUUUUUUUGAAAAGCCCAGGAUGCCGGCCGUUUCGAUCAUAUCACGCUGAAAGUUGCUUAGGUCACUCGUUUUGCCCAAUUCUAACAUUCAAUUGAACAGUAACUAGAUGCCUGUCUGCCUGCCUUAUAUAGCAAGCCACGGUCACGUGACUCACUGUCUGUAGGAGCGAACCCUUUUUGUGAACGGUGUGGUGUACCUAAUAAACUGGCUCUGAGUGUAUGUAUCAAGAGUAGGAGUGCUGAUCUAGGAUCAGGUCUCCCCUGUCAAUGUCACCAUAUUCAUUGUGAUCUAAAACGCAGCAUUCCUACUCUGUGAUUCUUGAUACAUAUGGCCACAGGGUUUAAAUUGUUAACCCUGUGUACUCCUCCUCAUGAAUCUCUCUAGCUGAUUCUUAACUGGGCAAGAAAGACACAUUUCACCUCAUAGGCUAGGUUAUAAAUCGACAGCCAUAUUAGAGUGAAACAAAGGAUUGGUUGGAUCUAUCCAGUCAUCACAACUCUGCUGGUUUUAUGCUGCUAUAAACAUAUUGAGACAGUAUGUAAGCUAUUUGUCACAGAAGUUCAGACCGUAAGAAGAGGUCGGGGUGGUAGUGGCUGUGCAGGAUUGUACACCAUAUUGUUUAGUAUGUGGAACUACCAUUAUCUUAUUCUUCACUCAAGAUCACUGCAUAUGGGCUACCGGUAUGGAAAGAAAUUUGUUUUUAAUUCAAGGAAGUUGUAAUUUCUCAUUUCCAUUUCUUAUUUCUAGGCCUGUGAUAAUCAUCCUACCAAACCUUGUUUUCAUUACGAUCUGGCUGUCUAAUCUGAAGUAAAGUGGCUGAAGGUGCAGCACAGGCCUAGCAACUAUAAUCCACAUAACUGUAUUUCAUCUGAUGGAAAAAGAUAUGUAGGUCUACUCACUGUGGGCAUUUUUCAGACAGGGAUAUGUCCAUUUGUACACAUCUUUUCAUGGUACAUUUUAAAGGGUGUUUACAUUUCGCAAUAAUGGUUUAAUAGAGUUGUAUUGAUUGAGAUGAGGUUUAUUCAGUCCAAUGUGUGUGAGGUUUGAGGUGUGUUGUUGAUGGAUCUGCAGGUCUGUUGUACUUGAUCCCUAUUUUUAUGUGAAUCGGCAUUGUAACUAAGUCCUUCCUCUGUCAGGCCCCCUGUUGAUAAUAAUACAGCUUUAUUGUAUACAUGCUUAAAUUAGAAUGUGGAAAAAUGCAUGUUUCUGUUUUCUUGAUUGUCUUAUAUACAGCAGAUGUGCGCUUAUUUUACACUUGACUUAACUGUGCCAUAAGGGACUGUUGCCAAGCUUUCUGCUAGAUGUGUGUGGGUGGCUCUUGAAUGUUGAAGCCUUUUAAAGGGCCAGGUUAGGUAUCAGGAGGCAUAUGGCCAAGAUAUCUGUGUACUGUAUUUGACUGUUGAUCUAGGCCCAUUCAUUAGUCAGUCAUUGAUAUCAAUUUGGUACACAGGAAUAGUACCUUAAGAUGUGGAAGUGUACCCUACACUAAAGUCAUACUGUAUCUUGUUAUAUCAAUGUUGUCACAUUGAUGUACCUUCAAAAUGAGAGAAAAGAUUAAGGAUUGGCCAGUAGUGCUAAGCGAUUAGUCGACAUUUCGGGUUUAUGUUAAGUUUUUAAUUAACAACAUAGGCUCAAUUAUUUUAAUUCCAUUUCGUAAAUAUUUUUACUUGCUCUUACCAGAGAAAGAUGCCAAAGCGAGAGGUUUCACUGUCGCCAAAAUAUGUCCAACAUAAGCCCAAUUCCUUUCUAUGGCCUUAUUUAGGACUUAAGCUUGUCGCCUGCUUUACGGGUUUUGGGACAACGACACCCAUUGUUAGUGCGGAGACUUCAUUACGUAUUGAUCUCUGGCUCAACUUGGGGUUUGUCUUCAGAGAUCAAGUAUGAACUGUGCGACGUUGCAGGGAGGGGGUAAAUAACUACAAUGACCAGAAUCCUUUGCGCCUUCAGCGGCCUGUUCACAUUGGUUCAAGCCUGUGGGACCGGCAGAAUUAGAAGAAAGAGAAAGACCGAAGUUCAUAGAACGCUUCACGAAUGAGGGAACAGUUGUUUAGGUAUCUACCCGACCGACAAUUAAUCAAAUCAAUUGAUAGUUGUUAUUCAUCAGUCUUAAAAGUGUGCCUUAUCUACUUAUUUUUACUGCUCUAAUU